AUGGAUUCCGAGAGCAAUGCUAUGAAUCGGGAGCACUUCUGUAGAGGUUCCAAAUCUGACAGUCAAGUGUGCGACUGCGAGGAAUUCUUUGCUCGGUCGCAGGAUGAAGGCCACUGUGUGGAGUGUGGUCACGGUCGCAGCAAACACCCUCGCAAGGCAUCAACUUGGAGUGGCAAACCACUGGAAGUUCAAGAUGAACAGCCUCACCGACUUGGAAAUACCUCAGCUGUUGUCAAGGAUAUUUUUGACCGAAUUGCUAGUGGUGGCAAAAGUGCCAAUGAAAAGUCGUCCACCGCCAAGCGACUCACUGAAGCCGGCGUACCACUCGCCAAUGCCCGAGAGGAAGCCUUAUCAACUCUUUCUUCCACCCGACUUGCUGGUUACAGUAAACUGGUCAAGGGCCCAGUGUCGUUGGCUGGGUUGCGAAAGGAUCGCAAGGAUACUAUGAGUAGCUCACUGCAACCUAGUAAAAUUGGAAGCCAAGCACGCAGGAGCACUAUGUCUAACCUUUCCACGACCGGAGCUAACACUUUUCGUGUCGCAUCAAUUGCUCUAUUGACUUGUGGUGUCGAUAGAAACAGUCUCAUCAGAGUGCCUAAGGCCCCAAGCAAGAAUGGCCGAAAUGAAAUACAGGCUAUGAAGAACCGGGGUUGUUACCUUGACCGGCCUGAGCAAUUUAUCAUCGAUAGUAAAUGGUCCUAUCACAAAAUCACCAGCCAGUUACGAAGCUGGUUUCCUAAGGUAUUCGAUUAUCUGGAUAUUGUUACGACUGGGACGUGGUUCUUCUCUCGAAUGAGAGGUCAAAGGUUUCUGGCUAAGGCAAGUAUCGGCGACUUCCUUAGAUUGAUGGUUCUUAGAUAG